AUGGAGCCUGCAGAUCUUCUGGCACUUGCCUGCCCAGGAAUGAACAGUACCACAGCCACCCUGGCACUGCUGGCAGUCCUGCUGGUCCUGCUGUAUUGGUACUCCACAUCUGCAUUCUCCAAACUAAGCAGAGUAGGGAUCCAACAUCCUCCACCUCUUCCCUUCAUUGGAAACCUGCUCUUUUUCCAUGAGGGUUUUUGGGAGAGCCACACAAAACUCAUAAAAGAGUAUGGACCUGUUUGUGGGUAUUAUAUUGGUCGCCAGAUGUUUGUGGUGGUCUCCUCACCAGAGAUGAUCAAGCAAAUCUUAGUGGCAGAUUUUAGUAACUUCACCAACAGAACUAAGCCGAAGUUGAUAUCCAAGCCAAUGCUUGAUAGCAUCCUUUGUCUUCGUGAUGACAGAUGGAAGUUUGUGCGGAGCCUCCUGACCCCAGCCUUCAGCGAUACCAAACUGAAAGAGAUGACACCAUUGAUAAACAAGAUUUGUGACACUCUGCUGUGUAACUUGAAAGUCUACGCAGAUUCUGGCAAAGCUUUUGAUAUCCAGAGGUGUUACAACUGCUUUACCUUGGAUGUCGUUGGUAGUGUAGCUUUUGGUACUGAGGUGGAUUCUCAGAAGAAUCCUGAUGACCCUUUUGUUAAGAAUUGCAGAACAUUCUUUGAAAUGUCUUUGUUUAAGCCUCUUCUCAUUCUAAUCCUUUCUUUCCCUUUCAUAAUGAUCCCAUUGCUACGCAUUUUUCCCAACAAGAAACAAAAGGAACUUAAUGAAUUUUUUAUCCAAACCAUAAAAAAUGCAAUUGUCCACAGACACCAGCAAGAUGCAGCUCAGAGGCGCAGAGAUUUUCUCCAGUGGAUGCUUGACGCGGGCGACUCAGCCAUGGCAGCCGGGUGUUCUGCUGUGCUCAGUCCAUCUGCUGCUCCCAGACAGGAUGAGGCGCCUCUGGCUGGCACAGCCCCAUCUGAAAAGGCUCAGAAGAUGCUGACAGAGGAUGAGAUAGCAGGCCAAGCUUUCCUGUUCCUGAUUGCUGGCUAUGAGACCACCACAAGCACGCUGUCCUUUGCCACCUACUUGCUGGCCACCAACCCAGAGUGCCAGGAGAAGGUGCUGCGGGAGGUCGAUGAGUUCUCUGCAAAACAUAUGGUCCCUGAUUGCCAAAAUGUACAAGAACUCCCUUAUCUGGACAUGGUGAUUGCAGAGACGUUGCGCUUGUACCCACCUGCAUUCAGAUUCACUAGAGAAGCAGCUAAAGACUGUGUGGUGCUGGGGCAGCAUAUUCCAGCUGGAGCUGUCAUUGAAAUUGCAGUUGGACACCUUCACCACAACCCUGAGUUCUGGCCAGAACCUGAGAAGUUCAUUCCUGAGAGGUUUACAGAGGAGGCCAAGAAGGAACGACAUCCCUUUGCAUACCUGCCCUUUGGGGCAGGACCCCGUGGCUGCCUUGGCAUGAAAAUGGGUUUGUUGGAGACAAAAAUUACUCUGCUGAGGAUUUUGCAGAAGUUUAAAUUCAAGACCUGCCCAGAGACUGAGAUUCCUUUGCAGCUCAAAUCAAAAGCCACACUUGGACCAAAAAAUGGAGUCUACAUUGUGCUGGAAUCUCGCUAAAAGGGAAUGUACAUCCUUGAGCUUCCUGGAAUGAGAGCCUUUGUUAGUGAGUCACUGGGUGUGAUUAUUUUUCAAAACUCCAAGGACAGGUAGGAGCCUAAGUCCCACUGAUGGUCAGUAGGUGCUUCCUCACUGCUCUCCUAUGGGACAGCUUCCAGUCACUUUUUAAAAUGGGCUCCACAGUCUUUUUAGGAUGUUUUCAAAUUGCUGUGAAUAGUAUCUACAAAGAAGCAUUCCACCUUCAUUUGCUUUUGUUCAUCACACUUCUUUUCACUUAUCUGUGAGAAUGCUUUCCUCAUGCUCAGUUUCCGCAAUUUAGAGUAGAUUUUAAUUUCAAUUCAUCAUAUGACACAUCCUUCUCAUGACCUUGUGAGUCCCUAGAGAAAACUCCAAAGGCACCACAGUUACAGCAGAAGACCUGGGAUGCAGUGCAUUGGAUUUUUUCAUGAACUCCACUAACAGUCAAAGCUGAGGCCCCUGUACAAUGCUUAAGCUCCACCUGUGUCUGUAAAGCCAGAGAAGUUGCACCUCCUCCAUGCUUUGAAAUGAUUUUAAAUACACUUAGGUUAACGAUUUGCACUUGGCACAUUCCAUCGACAUGACAGAAGAAUGAACCAGUAAAUUCCAGCAGCUAAGACCAAAGAAAUGAGGUGACAGCCAUUUUUCUGUCUGUUGAGCUGCUGUUGGAAAGGUGGAGACAAAGAAGAUACAAAUCUAAAGCAAGCAGGAGGACUGGAGGAAAUUUAAAGGCAAUCAGAAGCUGUUGGUACCACCUCUGCUUCAUGGGGAGGCCUUUCCUUUCCAAACAUUGCAGUUGGCACCACCUUUGUCUAUCUUGAAUCAAGGAAAUUAAGAGCAUGUGUGCACCAGAGCUGGUGGCAAAGGAGUGGGAUCCAGGAUGAUCAGAUUCAGCAGCUCUCUUGACCCCUGUGACACUGGAGCAGGUCAUGUCCCAAGUGCCUCACCCCCUCAGGACGGAACCUGUCUGAUUGCCAGCUGCAGCAGCCCCAUGGAUCCCUUCAAGAUGUGUGACUGUGCACAUGCAUCUUCCCAGCCAAAACAAUUGUAGCUUCCACUCCUGACAUUCCCUCUGUCCCACACUUCUGCAAAGCCUCCCCUGCCACACAGCUGGUGUUGCACAAGAAGCUGGAAGGAGACACAGCUGGGCCAGCUGACCUCCACUGAACACAGGGACAUUCCACACCUUAUGGCACCAUGCUCAGCACAUAAAACUAGGGGAAGAAGAAGGAAGGGGGACGACAUUCCAAGUGAUGGCAUUUGCCUUCCCAAGUCGCUGUUGUGCCUGCUGGAGCUCUGCU